CUCUGCAGCGGAUUCGCGCCAUCGAUGUCGACGGCAAACCUCGGACGGCAAGACCUGAAAUGAAGUUCGGCAAGACCUCAGACGGCCUCUACGAGGAGAUCGGGGCGCCGGUGCCGGCGCUUCCCUACCGCCAAUUCAAAAAGAAGCUUAAAAUUCUGCGCAUGGGCGCGUCCGGCUUCCUUGCGGAGGGCGGCGGCAGCGUGCCUAGAAGCGGGGAUAUCGAUCUGGCGUUUUGGUCCUUUGUAUCGGGCUGGCUCGCGCGGCUUGACCGUCAGUGGAAGACGGCGGUGCGCACGGUGCUGACACUCCGCGGUGAGGACGACCCCGCCCUCAGCGAGCGGGCGCAGGCGCUGCACGCUUGGGCAGAGCUGACGCGGACGGGAGUGCGCAAGAUUGUGAAGAAGGUCAACAAGCUGAAGGGGGAGGGAGACCUGCGCCUGCGGCCGGUCCUCGACUACGCCUUCACGCGCGGCUUCCUGCGCUCGCAGCUCGAGAUGAUCUUCUCCACCGACAAGAGGCCAAGUUGCCCUGUCUGCCUCGAGGCCCUCGACCCGGCCAGCCUCGCCCCCGUCGCGCCAGCAGAGUGCGGGCACGCCAUGUGCGCGCCUUGCUUUGCCCGCAUCGCAGGAGCGGCGGCGGAGGCGGAGGAGGCGGUUCGGUGCCCGAUCUGUCGGCGCCGUGUGCGGUCACCGGCCAAGCCGCUCACCGCGCCCCCGCGUCGCUCGCCCCGGCUGCUGUCGCCGCCCGCGGAGGCCUGAGGCGCGUUUAGAAAGGCGCCGCUCGCUGCUUUGUUUGAUGCUGCGCCGCGCGUACGUUCUUGCCCAAUCCUGCCGGUUCCGCAAUCGGCAGCGGGGAAGGGGGCUUGGGGGGCGGGGGCGGGGCAUGUCUCCGCCCUCGAUUGUGCGAUCUUGAGAGCUUGGUAUCUGUGGGUGACAGGCCGCACAUACUACCAGCUACGGUAACUAGAGUGUGCACUAGCUGCUACCGCAGCGUCUGCCCGCCUCUCGCCCCUCGCGCCUCUAGCCCAGUCGGCUGCGCCCUCCCUCCCCAGGCCCCAUGUGCCCGGAGGGUCCUACUCUCUCGCUCCCCGACCCCUAACUUACUAACUGUCGGGCCCUCCCGACUCGCCGGUGGUAGUUCGCACCAGAGGCGCCACCGCCUGCCCUGCACGCAAUCCCUCGGCAGUAGGGCAGGAUCGGUGGUUCGUAGCGCCCUGGUGGCGGGAUGGCGCCGCUCGUCGGUAGGCUCUUUACGGAUAGGCGUGGGCUGCUUUAAUCCCGAGCAUUGCGAGAAAGCAAGUUCUGGCCGAGGAGGGGCCGGCCUGCCCUCAGUCAAAGGAGAAGAAUUGCCCCAGCAAACUGCUUAUGCACGAUGCCUUGUCCGCCUCUGCCAUCCCUGCCACCACGCGGAGCGUCUCCACCGACCACCUCUCCAUCACGUCUCGUGGCUCGUAGAGCUUAAAGCACCAGGUCAGCCGGCGAAGUCGCUCGGAGAUGCUGCCAUCGGUUGAGACUCCUGUGGCGUCAAGGGCAGUGACGAUCGUCUGGGUGGGGCACUCGCGAAGUCGCUGCUGGAAGGUCAUCCGUGUUGUUAGCGUAGGUCGACGCGGCUCCACUGGCGGGGGGCGGAUCACUCGGGGCCGCCGGAUCGGCGUCUCUGGAUGAGCGACCGCCAGGUUGGAGAGGAGGAAGGUUGGCAGAUCCUCCUCGUCGACCGAGCACACCGAGGUCGGCGAGGAGGCUCCGAGCGACGAGCACUCACUGCUGCUGCACCGCGACAUGCCGCUGCGUAUUCUCACUUGCAUGCUGUUUGUGG